AUGUUUCGUCUAGUGUUAGCUAUCCUCGCUUUAGUUGCUGUUGCUCAAGGUGAAACGUGUGAAUCGCCACAAUUUAGUGUUGUUUCAUAUUCGACAAGAGAUGGAAGAUUAGCGAUUGAAUCAGCAGCUCAACUUGAAAUAAAUGUUAAAUGCAAAAGUGGAAAACAACCAAGUACACUUUAUGCAGAUAUUAAUGGACAAGUUGUACCUUGUGCUCAAUCGAUUACAUCACCUGGCAAAUAUUACGUUGGCGUAGCUGCUGCUACACAUAAACAAUUAGCAAGUGGACGUACAACUGUUCGUUUGUAUGAUGAUGAUUCAUAUUCAGCUUUACGUAAAGCUCGUACAGAUGAAGCUGUUCGAGCAGUUAAACCAUUUGGUGAAGUUGAAUUAAAUCAUCGAGGUGUAAGUUAUGGUCCAUGGUUAGCUAGUGAAUUCUAUGCUGUUACAAUUUUUGGACUUGUUUGGUGGGCUGCAUAUCGUGAACGAUCGAGAAUUCUUAGUUGA